UGUGAACAGAAAUGUUAAAAUUGCUUUUGCGGGAAAUCUUUUGGAGGCGGGAAAGAUUUGUGUUACCAUAUGCAAAAGAUAACAAUGAAUGGGCAGCGCACAAUGUUUGCAUUUUACACAUCCACUGCAAAAAGAACAGCAAAAUCUUUCAGCGAGAACUCGUCUCCAAAGAAGCUAAAAACAUCCCAAAAUGAUACCUGUAACGAAGUUUGUUUACGAAGUAAUGAACCAGAGUCGCCAAAAAAACAUGAGCUUCAAGGAGAAUUUCUUCAGCUCACUCCGGAGCAGAAAAGUCGCAUUGAAGAAAAAAAGGCAGCUCUUGCCAAACUUCAGGAUAAAGAAAAUAAAAAUGCACUUUCUAGCAGUACCUUACUGGUUAAUGUGGGAUCAUCUUGGAGCAAUGCUCUUAGUGCAGAAUUUUCAAAGCCGUAUUUCCAAGAGCUGACAAAAUUUGUUGAAGCAGAGAGAAAGAAAGGCACAGUGUAUCCUCCAGCAGAUCAAGUCUUCACUUGGACAACCAUGUGUAAUAUUUCAGAGGUUAAAGUAGUAAUGCUUGGUCAAGAUCCCUAUCAUGGUCCUCGUCAAGCUCAUGGUCUUUGCUUCAGUGUGCAAAAAGGCAUCACACCACCACCAAGUUUAGAGAACAUGUUCAAAGAGCUCCUGCAGGACAUUGAAGGUUUCCAACAUCCAGGGCAUGGCACUUUGACAGGAUGGGCCAAGCAGGGUGUGCUACUUUUAAAUGCUUGCCUUACAGUGCGUGCUCACCAAGCCAACUCCCAUCAAGGGAAAGGAUGGGAACAGUUUACUGAUGCAGUAAUCAGUUGGCUCAACAAGAAUUCCUCAGGCAUUGUCUUCAUGCUCUGGGGUUCUUAUGCUCAGAAAAAAGGAUCCUGUAUCGACAAGAAGAAACAUCAUGUUUUGACAGCUGUCCACCCAUCACCCUUAUCAGCACACAGAGGAUUUUUUGGCUGCAAGCAUUUCUCUCAGUGCAACAAACUCCUGCAAAAAAGUGGCAAAACACCAAUUGACUGGAACAAGUUACCCGUAGAGUAAUGCAAUAAAUGUGUGUGCAUGUGUUUAAUUAGAGAAAAAAGUAUGGAAGUAUUUUAAUACAGAUCAGGGUUUUCUGCUUCAAACAAAAGAUCUUUGUGUUUUGAAGGCUUUUAAUUUCUGUUCCUUUUAUUCUGCCCAUUUAGCAAAAGACUUCCAGAAUUUUCAUGUUCUGUUUUUAAUAUUUUAUUGCUACUGUUUCUGAUUUAUUUUAUCAACAGUUUAAGUGCGACUUUUUUCAGUAUUCUAGUCCUUAUAUGCUAAAUGAUUAAAAGUUUGUUUUUAUGUUUAAUGUAGAUGUUUUUAAAGAGAAUAAAUGAGGUUUUUCCCACCCCUCAUAUGGAAGGGACAUAGCAGCAACAAUGGAGGCUUGUGUAUAGCUUU